AUGCGUUUCAAGAGUCAAAUUAAGAAUGUGAACUUAUUUGCAAAAUUCUGCGCCUCUCUGGCCUCAUUAGGGCAAGUCGCCUGGUGCCGUCUAAACGACGAUGACGUCCAAUUCACCAUUGUGCCAGACAAAGGCAGCCAGGUAUGGUCUGUUCUGAAGCCUGAGACCGUCUUCGAGACAUAUAUCCUUCAGUCGGCAUCGCCAAAGAACACGAUCAAUCUGGAAGUUCCGAUCCAAGCCCUGUCUAGGGCUCUUCGAUCGGCCUACGGUUCGACAUCUACCCAGAUCCGACUAACCAAGAAGGACAAUGUGCCUAUGCUGUCGCUGACGAUCGUCACGAACACAUUCAGUAGCGGAAACAAUGUCGUUGCUGUUCCAUCCGCCACUCGAGGAGACGAUGAAGCAGUCGAGUUCGAUUUCUCCGAGGAUAUGCCUGACGCAUCAUUCAGCGGCGGAGGACCGAGAGAACGGGAAACCGUCAUCACGCAGGAUAUACCUGUGAAAGUCCUCACCAUGGAAGUUGUGGAGAGAAUCCAUCAGCCACGAACACAAGAGCCGGAUGUAAACAUCUUCCUACCUCCACUAGUUCAGGUGAAGACUAUUUCCGACCGGUUUACGAAGCUCGCCCUUGCCACUACCAAGGGCUCGUCGAAUGCUAGUCCGAGACUAGAACUGAGUGCCAAUAUGCAUGGCUCGUUGAAGAUCUCGGUCAAGACUGAUGCCUUGAACAUCACAAGUCGCUGGACUGGGCUGGUCAACCCUGAACUCGACCCGGCACAUUUUCCUGAUGGUUCGCAGGGCGUAAGGGACCAUCCUAGCACGAAGAUGAAAGAACUUGGCGGACCCAAUGGCGAGAAUGAAGCCGGAUGGUCCAAGGUUCGCAUCGAUGCCAAAGACUGGUCCAGAGUGCUUAGCGUUGGCAGAGUCAGUGCACGUGUCAUUGCAUGUUUCAUCAACGAAGGAGGAUUGGUGUUGUACGUGUAUCUGCCGAACGAUGAGAACGGGAGCGAGGACGAAUCAUGUCUAACGUACUAUAUCAGCUCCUUUGCUGUGUAG